UUCCGUAUAGCACUAACCGUACGUGGAAACCCCUCCGCCGCUAGGGAAACGCUUUCAGACCAAUCAGUGGUUGAAUGUGUGAGGGAGCGUGUGUUUACAUCACCCGUCAAAUUGAAGAGCAUUUAAAUUUCGUCUUACAAGGACCAAACCCACAGACUCCCACUGAAGCGAUUACGGUAGCCACCAACAGGACGGACUCUCUGGUAACUGACCUUUUGCAGUGGAAUCACUCUUGAACCAUGAGCUCUGUGGCUGUGUUGACCCCGGAGAGCUUUGCCGAGCACCGCAGCGGGAUCAAAGACCAGGAGAUGACAGGCGGCGUACCCGAGGAUGAGGCCUAUAUCCCCACCUACCUGGAGGCCUUCCCUCCGCUCCCGGAGAAUAAGGGAGCUCCGGGGGACAAGUCUGGAGAGCCUGUCGGGGCGUGGGGCUCCAAGAUCAGACCCAUCAAAGCCUCUGUCAUCACCCAGGUGUUCAACGUGCCCCUGGAGGAGCGGCGCUACAAGGACAACAGCCAGUUUGGUGACGGGGGCGAGGAGGCCAAGGUGUGCCUGGACAUCAUGCAGCGGACGGGGGCUCACAUCGAGCUGUCGCUGGCCAAGGACCAGGGCCUCUCCAUCAUGGUCACUGGGAAACUGGACUCUGUCAUGAAGGCCCGUAAGGAGAUCGUGUCUCGGCUGCAGACACAGGCUUCGGCCACGGUGGCCAUCCCCAAAGAGCACCACCGGUUUGUGAUCGGUAAGAACGGUGAGAAACUCCAGGAGCUGGAGCUGAAAACCGCCACGAAGAUCGCCAUCCCUCGACCCGACGACCCCAGCCUCAACAUCAGAAUCACAGGCACCAAGGAGGGCAUCGAGAAGGCUCGUCACGAGAUACUGCUGAUAUCAGCCGAACAGGACAAGCGAGCAGUGGAGCGUCUCUCCCUGGAGAAGGUGUUCCACCCGUUCAUCGCUGGGGCCUACAACCGUCUGGUCCAGGAACUGUGUCAAGAGACGGGGGCCCGCGUCAGCAUCCCCCCGCCCAGCCUGCACAAGGACGAGAUCGUCAUCACCGGGGAGAAGGAGGCUGUCGCCCUCGCCAUCAGCCGCAUACGGGCCAUCUACGACGAGAAGAAGAGAAAGACCACCACCAUCUCAGUGGAGGUGAAGAAGUCGCAGCACAAGUACAUUGUGGGGCCUAAAGGCAACAGCUUGCAUGAGAUCAUGGAGACCACCGGGGUUUCUGUGGAGAUGCCCCCGCUGGACUCCUGCUCGGAGACCAUCAUCCUGAGGGGCGAGCCGGACAAGCUGGGCCCUGCACUCACACAGGUCUACGCCAAGGCCAAGAGUGUGACGGUGGUGGAGGUGACAGCCCCGGCCUGGCUCCAUCGCUUCAUCAUCGGAAAGAAGGGACAGAACAUCGGACGCAUCACACAGCAGCUACCCAAGGUUCACAUUGAGUUCACAGACGGCGAGGAGCGGAUAUGCCUGGAGGGCCCCACGGAGGAGGUGGAGCAGGCCCAGGUUCAGAUACAAGACAUCAUCAGAGACCUGCUGGUGAGGAUGGACUACACUGACGUCAACAUAGACCAGCGCUUUCACAGACACCUCAUCGGCAAGAACGGAGCCAACAUUAACCGGAUUAAAGAGCAGUACAAGGUGUCGGUGUGGAUCCCCCAGGAGCCGGAUCGAAGCGGCCUGGUCCGGAUCGAGGGUGACCCCAAGGGGGUGCAGCUGGCACGCAGGGAGCUGAUGGAGAUGGCACAGAGGAUGGAGAACGAGCGUACCAAAGAGUUGAUUGUGGAGCAGAAGUUCCACCGCGCCAUCAUCGGCCAGAAAGGGGAGAAGAUCAAAGAGGUCCGGGAUAAGUUCCCAGAGGUCAUGAUCAAUUUCCCCGACCCGGCUCAAAAGAGUGACAUUGUGCAGUUGAGAGGGCCCAAGAACGAGGUGGAGAAGUGUGCCAAGUUUCUGGCAAAACUCAUCGCAGACCUGAUGGAGAACAGCUUCUCCCUCUCCAUCCCCAUCUUCAAACAGUUCCACAAAAACAUCAUCGGCAAAGGAGGCGCCAACAUCAAAAAGAUCCGUGAGGAGACCACCACUAAGAUUGACCUGCCCACAGAGAACAGUAACAGUGAGAUGAUAGUGAUCACUGGGAGGAAGAACCACUGUGAAGCAGCCAGAGACAGGAUCCUAGCCAUCCAGAGAGAACUGGCCAACAUCAAGGAGUCAGAGGUGACCAUCCCGGCCAAGCUCCACAACUCUCUGAUAGGCUCUAAGGGCUGCCUGGUGCGGGCCGUCAUGGAGGACUGUGGCGGGGUGCACAUCCACUUCCCCUCCGAGGGCUCCGGGUCAGACAGGGUGACCAUCAGAGGGCCCGCCGGGGAGGUGGAGAGGGCCAAGAGACAGCUACUACAGCUGGCUGAAGAGAAGCAAGUGAACAACUUCACGGCGGAGCUGCAGGCCAAGCCGGAGUACCACAAGUUCCUGAUUGGAAAGGGCGGGGUCAACAUCCGUCGUGUGCGGGACAGGACGGGCGCUCGCAUCAUCUUCCCGUCUCCCGACGAACCGGAGCAGGAGCUCAUCACCAUCGUAGGCAGGGAGGAGGCUGUCAGACUGGCCCAGAAAGAACUGGAGACACUCGUCAAAAACCUGGAGGCCCAGGUGAGUGUUGAGGUGGCGGUCCCCCAGCGGUACCACAGGGCUGUGAUGGGGCCUAAAGGCUGCAGGAUCCAGCAGAUCACCAGAGAUUACGAGGUGCAGGUCAAGUUCCCAGAGAGAGACGACAACGCCAACAACACAGCAGGUCAGGAGCCCCCUCAGGAGAACGGUGACGCCAGCCCGGAGGCGGAGUUUGUCCUUUGCAAGUGUGACGUCAUCACCAUCUCGGGGCGGACGGAGAAGUGUGAGCUGGCAAAGAUCGCCCUACUGGCUCUGGUCCCGGUCACGGAGGACGUUGAGGUGUCCUUUGAGCUACACCGUUACAUCAUUGGUCAGAAGGGCAGUGGCAUCAGGAAGAUGAUGGAGGAGUAUGAGGUAGUGGAGCUCCAUCGCCCUCUCUUUGGUGAACAUCUGGUACCCCAGCCGGAGCAGCAGUCGGAUGUAUCCAAGGUGACAGCAGGGGCCAACGUAGAGCGGGCCAAGUCAGGCCUGCUGGAGAGAGUCAAAGAACUACAGGCUGAACAGGGAGACAGGGCCUUGAGGAGCUUCAAGGUCUCCAUCUCAGUAGAUCCUAAGUUCCACCCCAAGAUCAUUGGCCGGAGAGGAGCGGUCAUCUCUCAGAUCCGCAAAGACCACGACGUCAACGUUCAGUUCCCAGAUAAAGGGGACGAACAGCAGGAUGUGAUAGUGAUCUCUGGGUAUGAGCGUAACACGGAAGAGGCGCGGUCAGCCAUCGAGCUGCUGGUGUCAACGCUGCAGGAGAUGGUCAGCCACGACGUGCACCUGGACCCCCGCACACACGCACGCAUCAUCGGGGCCCGCGGCAAGGCCAUCCGCAAGACCAUGGAAGAGUUCAAGGUGGACAUCCGGUUUCCCCAGCCGGGUUCAGAGGACCCAGGCAGGGUGACAGUGACUGGACUACCAGAGAGUGUGGACAACGCCGUCGACCACCUCCUCAAUCUGGAGGAGGAACAUAUGUUGAGUGUGACAGAGACCGAGACGAUGGCAGCCUACAUGAAGCCCCCGUCCCGCUAUGGAGGGGGGGGYGGAGGUGGGGGCGGCGACAUCAGCGGGGGGGCGGCCAAGGGCUUUGUGGUCCGGGACGCUCCCUGGAACGACACGGCUCCUGAUAUGAGCAAUGCUGAGGACUUCCCCACCUUCGGCGCAGGCCUGGCCCCAAAACAGACCUCCGCCUGGGGCCCCAAGAAGUUUUGAGACAUCUGGGAAAACAAGAGAGAGGAGAGGGAGAGAACAAACACUGGACAAAUCGCUACUCGCCUUCGCCCCUCCGCCUCCUCCCCCUUUUCCGUUUUUUGCUCUCUCGCAGCUGUUACCCUCAACCAGCAACCCAGGAAGGCCAGAGGAAAAAAAGAGCACGUCCUCAUCUCCCUCUCCCCAUCUCUUCUCCAUCUCUCCUCUAUCCCCUUCUCUCCAUUGGAGGAAAGACUUUCCCUCUCUUGUUUUCUUGCUUUGUCUUGCCUCUCCACGUCACUUCAACAUCGCUGGAGUUGUCGUUGCAUUUUAAAGGACUUGUUUUAGUCAGUGGACCCCAACUGCCAAAACCCCAAACCGACACUCCAGGCAUCUUGUAACGGUCCUUUGAACCAACUUAACCCAGCAAGCAGUGAAACUGGAGAGCACCAGCCAACCAACAGCCCUCUUUACAAGACAAGAGGGAUGUGGAGGAUUUUAGGUUCGCAGGGUGGCAGAACUCGCAAACCAUGAGUUGUAAAGCAAACACUGCUUAAUUUUUGUGUGGUUUUGAUGAUAAAAGGGGAUUUUAAUGUUCUACUGUGUGAGGGGAGUUUUUAACGAUGUACUCCUACGAUGUUUUACUGUGGGGGUUUUUACCGGAGUUUGUUACUAGCUGACCCUUCCAAGUACGUUAUUACUGAAACUCUUCAGAGGGGAAGCGGGGGUGAUGUUGGGCUGUGAUGUUUUGGUGUUUUGUGGUCUUCACUCUUACAAGAGGAGGAUGUGUAUAGUUUCAUCUGUAAUUUAUUCUACCUGAGCUAAAAUAGCUUCCGUUGUUUUUUUCAUGGUGAGUUAUCUUUUGAGUCUUAACCGUGUGAGUCCAGCGAGGUCUGUGUACCAAAGGUUGUUUAUUUAAGCAAUAAGGCACAAGGGGGUGUGGUAUAUGGCCAGUAUACCGCGGCUAAGUGCUGCUCUUACGCACGACGCAACGUGGAGCGCCUGGAUACAUACCUUAGCCGUGGUAUAUUGGCCAUAUACCACAAACUCCRGAGGUGCCUUAUUGCUGUUAUAAACUGGUUACCAAUGUAAAGAGAGCAGUAAAAAUAGAUGUUUCGUCAUAACAAUGGUAUACGGUCUGAUAUACCACGGCUGUCAGCCAAUCAGCAUUCAGGGCUCGAACCACCCAGUUUAUAAUUCUUGUUAUUUAUGUUUUUGUUUAUUUAUAACCSGUUUUAUUUAUUGACAUUUCUGUGAUCUGGCGUUUUCAUAAAGCACAUAGCAGAAGUGGAAUGUGUGUAUGGGGGAGGGAGGGGACCAGUUGGUUAUGUACUAGUGUGUUGUUGUGGACAAUUUCUGAAGUUGUUUCUAUUUUUUCCCCUCUCUUCAUUUGAAAGACUGUAUGUGUGUGCGUAAGGUGUACAUUCGAAGGAAGCUUGACCAAUCUUUUACUCCCUCUA